AUGACGUCUGGUACUGUCUCUCUUCUAUUCCUCUUCUUGAGCUGCAAUUUGUAUAUUCCAGCUUCGGCACAGCAGGCAGCCCAGUUUAAUCAAGUACUUAAUCUCAAUGGCGAUAUGCAAAUCAAUUCCUUUACGUUCCCAGAUCGAUCGAAAAUCGAGACAUUUUCUCAGAGCCAGCGUCAACUAAUCGUUAAUCAAAACACGAACCCCAUCUCCGCCAACCAAGUCACUGGCUCGACUGGGCAGCCUUUCGUUGCUCUAAUGCAGCAGUCCCUCUCGAUCAACACAAACAAUGCAAAUGACUUGGUUGGCGGACAAAUCGAGCUUGCCAUUGAUCCGAAUAUGCUUCAACAGAACGCUGUCAACCCUGACAACACCUUUGUUGGCCAGCUGUCGCCCGAUAGACAGUCUUGGAUGAUCAUGGAGCCGAUGAGGAGUGUCAAUAUUACGGACAACACGGUGCGCCUGCAAAAGCAAAAUAAUAUCGAUGGUGAGUAUAUGGCUCUGGGUCGCCAGACUGUCGAAACCAACAAUGCCUUGACAACCUUCGGUUCUGGCUCUCAACAGUCUGUGGUUAUCCAAGGAUCCGGUCUGCAAGAAGCGGAGUUUGUUGAUGGCUUCCGCAUGUCGGUUCGCGCCACCCAGCCCAUCACUAUGAAUGUCGACGUCAAGAACGGCAUUGAGCAAGGCAUGCUCACUCAAUUGCAGGGCCAGAUGCCAAUCAAUAACUUUCGCUAUCUUGUGACUACAAAUCUUGCAGGUGUUCAGCCCGACCUUAAUCGCAUGGUCACCGUUGUUCAGCUUCCCAUCAAUGCCGUCCGUGUCCAACAAAUGAUGCAGCAGAUGGGCAUCCAACAGGGCGGAUCCGUCCAAGUCGCCAUCGCCCAACGUGGCAUCCUUCAAAACCCCGGUGGUGCCACUGGCCAACUCCAGGGUGUUGGAGGACAGCCUGCCCCUGCCGCUCCCCAGCGUCGUGCACGCGAUCAACUUAGAAGGGACACGUUGGAGGCUCGCCAGGCAGGAACGCCAACGCAACCGCAAGCUGCGAAUCCGGCUGCAACCCAGCUUCUUCUCCAGCCGACCUUUACGCCUAUCCAAGCCAAUGCAGUCUUUGAUUCGCUUAAUAUGCGUCUUGCGAUUCCCGUUGGACAGGUUGAUGGGGAAUUCAUUCUCACUAUGCAGCAAGGAGGCGCGCAGCCACAGCAGCAGGGUCAACCUGGUGAACAGCCAAGACCCGAAGGCCAAGCACCCACUCCCGGCGAACCCCCGAAACCCACGAACGGCACCGCUGGUAUCGAACCAAAGAAGGCAGAGCGUCGCCAGGAUGCCAAGUCUACUUCCAACUCAGUUGAAAUCACGAUGAAAGAGGUCAACCGCAUGGCCGAUGCGCAGCAGUGGGGUGGAUAUGCACCAGUUACUCAAAUGCUGACUGACUAUGUCAAAGCCAACACUCAGGGGAAAUGA